UAGAAUUAAACUUCCACAGAAGUAUAGGGCAGCUAAUGGAGCAGUGGAUAGAAGGCCAGUCCUGGAGUCAGGAAAAUUUAUCUUCCUGAGUUCAAAUCUGGCUUCAGACACUAGCUGCAUGACCCUAGCAAAGUCACUUAACCUUGUUUGCUUCAGUUUCCUCAUUUGUAAAAUAAGUGAGAGAAGGAAAUGGCAAACUACUCUAGUGUCCUUGCCAAGAAACCCCUAGAACUUCCAUAGACCUGGGUUCACUUCCCUGUUGGAAUCUCCUCCAACUUUAUGAAUUGAAAUCUAUUUAAGUCUUUUGUCUGACCCUUGUCUACAGUCUUCUACAAGUUCUCAGUAAGUGGAACACCAAAUGUGUCAAGUGUCUUCCUCUAGAUUUCAUGACAUUUUGUUGUACCAAUGGAAUAGUUUAUACCUCAACCUUUUCUGAUCAUAUUUUUUCUGAUAUGCACAUUCUGAUAUGCACAUCAUUUAUCCACACUUCUUUAAUUUGUAAAAUACUUUAUCCUUUUCAUCUAUCCAUUACCUUUUGGGUGGCUUGCAACUGUAAUUUUUUAAUGACUGUGUGGACAGUUUUUUGGGACUUUGCCUGUUGCUUUUAAAGAUGCUGUAUAUUUCCUUUGUCUUCCAGAACUAUUUAAAACUUUAAAAGUUGGUCACAAGAUCCUUAUAUAAUCAUUCAGUAUUUUGAUAAGAAAAUAAUGUAGUACUCUCAUCCUAUUAUCAAACUUCCCUGUUAAGGUGACUACCUUAUUCAAUAUGCUAUAUAACAGCCUAGUAAUUUCUUUGCUUUUAAAAAAAUUACUAAUUUCUCUAUAAUUUAAAAACUGAAUUUCAGAGCUGUUUGUUUUCUCAUGUUUUAUGGACUUGUUUUUGCCCAGGAUUCAUUGAUCAUUUAUAUUUUUUGGUACAUCAAUGAGCCAAUUCUUGGUUUUCUUCUGCAACUCUAAUGUUUCUUCAUCGGCUGCAAAGGGUGUUAGCCUAAACAAUGAGUAUUUAUAAAACAAACUGACAAAUGGCAUCUUACCAAAAAGAGCUCACCAUGUGUUGUGUUUACUUAUAAGGAUUUUUCAUGAAAGAAAAGCAAGUGUCAGAUUAUAUAGCAAGUGUGUUUUUAUCAGUACAAUCUCAAGUGAUAAAGUGAGAAGUGUAGUAGUGCUUUAAUUUAGUCAUUAAUCUUCUUAACUGACUCCAUAGUGAAUUCCUCACCUGUUUUAAACUUCUACUACAUUCCCAGUUCUUCCCUGUUCACAUCUAAGUAAAUGACCUCUUUUUUUCUUAUUAAUAAUUUGAGGUUAUCCAGCUGGGACUGCCUCUUUCAUGGUUCCACAUCUUUAUUUCUACACUUCCCUAUCUCAUUCAUCUCUUCAGAAUCAGAGAAGAAAAUGCCCUUAAAUUAAAAAAAAAUUUUUGCUGAUGCGUUUUGUUUGGACACAAGGAUGUCUCAUAACACCCCCACAGACACAUACACUCUGCAUACAUUCCCUGAGAAACAUAUACCCACAUUCAGCAUACAUUUCCUGAGAAAAUAUUUUAUUUAUUAAUAGAAAGUAGGGAUAUGCCAUUAACUUGGAUUAUAUGCUUCUAACUUUGAUUGCUGUAGUUGAUGAAAGUUUUGUUUCCUUUUUGUUUUCCUUCUUUCUAAAAGGAACCUCUCAACCUCUGUUAUAUAGUUUCUUUCCCCUUAUUUCCUCCUAAAGGGCCUAUUUUUACAAAUCUAUGCCAACUCCAGAAUUUUCAGUCUACUCAAUUUCCUCUCUUGCCUUCAAAUACACAUGGGGAUCUCCUGCUCAAAAGCUGGAACCUUUCCAUUUUUGCUAUCCUUUUUCAUUCAUGUUACAGCCGAAUUCCUUCACUGCCUGGCUUCUCUGCCCAACAGUUUUUAUAUGUAGCAAGCUCCUUGUGGAUAAAGACUGAAUUUUUAUGUGAUUGUCACAGCUUCUAGCAGUGUUUUGCACAUAAAUUCAUAAUAAAUACAUAUUUGUUAAAUGAAUUGAAUUUUUUUCAAAGCCAUAUUUGCUUCGCUGUACUAUAAGCUCAAUAUGACCUAGCAACUAAAAAAACCAAUUUGAUCUUAUUCUAUAUUAAAAGAGGACUAGUGACCAAGAUUAGGAAUCACUUUUGUAGUGUUGCAUUCAGUUUGCAUCAGUAUCAUGUUUUAGGUGUUGAUGAGGGGCAGCAGAGGACUUUUUAGGAGAAACUGGUGUCAGGACAGAAGAUUUGGCUCUACCUCUUAAUGUCUGUGGCAGGUCAGUUAACCUCUCUUGAUCUCCCUUACAAUGAAGAAUUUGGACUAAUAUGACUUAUAGCUCCAAGCCUGUAUGUACUGAAGCACAGAAGCUCAGCAAAGAGCCAUAAAAUCCUAACUUAGUUGAACCUAGAGAAGAAAAGGCAUAUGAUGUGGAGGGAAGGGAGAACAUAUGAUAGGGUUCCUCAGGCCCUUGAAGAGCUGUCACAUGAAUGAGACAUUAGAUGGGUAAUAAGUGCCAUUUCUGUAACAGUUUAAGAAUGUUUUUAUAUUUUUUUCAUUUGAUUUUGCAACAAUCCUGUCAAGGAUGUAUUGCGUUAAUUUAAAGAGGAAGAACACUGCCAACUAGGGCAUCAGAUCACAACUAUGCUUCUUUCUGGGCACUCCUGACCAAGUCUCUUUACCUCUUACUCUUGAUUCCAAUACCUACCUAUAAAGUGAUGUGUUUUGCUGAAUAAUCUAUGUGGGGCCUUUCCAGCUCUAAAAUUCUUUGAUCCUUUAAUCUUCCACCUCAUUUUCCAAAUAGCAUUUCAUACUGAAUGAAUUCAAAGCAAAACUUCUUGCAUCUUUUGUAUUUGAAAUUCAUUGGAAACAGUUGAUUGAAAACAUCUUGGCAGCAAGUUUCUUUGAUAAAAGUUUCAUAGCCAAGAUAUGUAAAGAAUUGACUAAAACUCAUAAGAAAGAGCUGUUUUCUGAUAAAUUUCUAUUAGUAAGGAGAGAGAAAUAUAUUUAAAACAGCCAAUGUGUGAAUUUAUUUAAUUUGACUAUGCAUAUUUGUUAAAAGGGUUUUUUUAUUUUAAACAGGAAGGGUGAGAGGGAUGAUGAAAAUCGUCAUGGAAGAAUUUAUUUUAAAGCAUAGAAGACAACAGAAGGAAUUAUAGAAAAAGCUGCCAAAUGCUUUUAAAUCAACUGAGAGAAAUCACUGGAAUCCAGGACCCUUCCUUUCUUCAUGAAGCUUUGAAGGCAAGUAAUGGUGAUAUAACCCAAGCAGUAAGCCUUCUUACUGAUGAAAGGGUUAAAGAACCGAGCCAAGACACCAUUGCUGCAGAACCAUCAGAAGGAGAAGGAAGUGCUGCCAACAAAGUAGUACCAACAAAAGUAAUUGAUCCAACACAUGAUAAUAAAGAUGAUCUACAGGCAGCCAUUGCUUUGAGUCUACUAGAGUCACCAAAAAUUCAAACUGAUGGAAGGGAUCAUAACAGGACUCAUGAAGCAACUGCUAUUGAAAAUAAACGCUCAAAGAGGAAACGUUGUGAAGUCUGGGGAGAAAAUCCGAACCCCAAUGAUUGGAGGAGAGUGGAUGGUUGGCCAGUUGGACUUAAAAAUGUUGGCAAUACCUGUUGGUUUAGUGCUGUCAUACAGUCUCUCUUUCAACUAUCUGAAUUUCGAAGACUUGUUCUUGGCUAUAGUCUUCCACAAAAUAUACUUGAAAAUUGCCGAAGCCACACAGAAAAAAGAAAUAUUGUAUUUAUGCAGGAGCUGCAGUAUCUGUUUGCUUUAAUGAUGGGAUCAAAUCGUAAAUUUGUAGACCCUUCAGCUGCCCUGGAUCUCUUAAAGGGAGCAUUCCGAUCAGCAGAUGAACAACAGCAAGAUGUGAGUGAAUUCACCCACAAGCUCCUAGAUUGGCUGGAGGAUGCUUUCCAGCUUGCCGUUAAUGUUAAUAGCAGUCCCAGGAACAAAUCUGAAAACCCAAUGGUGCAGCUUUUCUAUGGCACUUUCCUGACUGAAGGGGUUCAUGAAGGUAAGACCUUUUGCAACAAUGAGACUUUUGGCCAGUACCCCCUUCAGGUAAAUGGUUAUCGGAACUUAGAUGAAUGUUUGGAAGGAGCCAUGGUAGAGGGGGAGAUUGAGAUGCUUCCUCCUGAUCAUUCAGUGAAAUAUGGACAAGAGCGAUGGUUUACAAAGCUACCUCCAGUACUGACCUUUGAACUCUCCAGAUUUGAGUUCAAUCAAUCCUUAGGUCAACCAGAGAAAAUUCACAAUAAGCUGGAAUUUCCUCAGAUUAUUUAUAUGGAUAGGUAUAUGUAUAGCAGCAAAGAGCUUAUUCGAACUAAGAGAGAACACAUUCGGAAGUUGAAAGAGGAAGUUAAAGUUCUUCAGCAAAAGUUGGAAAGGUAUGUGAAGUACGGCUCUGGCCCUGCUCGGUUCCCCCUCCCUGACAUGUUGCAGUAUGUCCUUGAGUUUGCCAGCACCAAGCCUGCCACAGAAGCGCCUCCCUCUGUCCACUGCCCUAUUUCUGACCUGACAACCAAGAAGAGUAUUAGAGCAGAAGAAUAUUCUUGCCAAGUUGAAGUUCCUCUGUCUUCUUUGGAAAAAGAUAAUUUACUACAAACUGAUCUGAUAAAUAAGCCAUUUACAUCUUCCCGACAUUCAGUGAAAAUGCCUGAGCACCCAGCUCCACGAACAAUCACUGAGGAGGAAAUGAACUUUGUUAAGACCUGUCUUCAGAGGUGGAGGAGUGAGAUUGAACAAGAUAUACAAGACCUAAAAAAUUGUAUUGCAAAUACCACACAAACAAUUGAGCAGAUGUACUCUGAUCCCCUUCUUCAUCAGGUGCCUUAUCGCUUGCAUGCAGUUCUGGUUCAUGAAGGGCAAGCAAAUGCUGGACAUUACUGGGCCUAUAUCUAUAAUCGACCCCGAAACAUAUGGCUCAAAUACAAUGACAUCUCUGUAACUGAGUCUUCCUGGGAAGAACUUGAGAGGGACUCCUAUGGAGGUCUGAGAAAUGUUAGUGCUUACUGCCUGAUGUACAUUAAUGACAAGCUACCCCACUUCACUUCAGAAGCGGCAGCAUCUGAGCCAGACCAGAUGCUGAAAGAGGUGGAAGCCUUGUCUGUAGAACUUAAGCAUUAUAUCCAAGAAGAUAACUGGAGAUUUGAGCAGGAAGUAGAGGAAUGGGAGGAGCAACAGUCCUGCAAAAUCCCUCAGAUUGAAUCCUCUACCACCUCGGAAUCACAGGAUUUCUCAGACACUUCGCAAGAGCCAUCCUUGACCCCUUCCCAUGGUGUUCGAUGUUUAUCAUCUGAGCAUGCUGUGAUUGCAAAGGACCAGACAGCCCAGGCUAUUGCCAACACAGCAUAUGCCUAUGAAAAAAGUGGUGUGGAAGCUGCUCUAUCAGAGCUUAAGGAAGCUGAGCCCAAGAAGUCCAACCCCCAGGAAACAAACCCUGCAGAUCAGUCAGAGCAGCUCCAAGAGGUUAAUGGGACUGAGUCUGCUGUCCAGCCUAAUUCUCAGGUCUCUGAAGUCGAGAUUCCCAGUGUGGGAAAGAUUCUGGUUAGAUCUGAUGCAGAUGGAUAUGAUGAGGAGGUGAUGCUGAGCCCCGCCAUGCAGGGGGUCAUCCUGGCCAUAGCUAAAGCCCGUCAGGCCUUUGAUCGAGAUGGGUCUGAAGCAGGGCUUAUUAAGGCAUUCCAUGAAGAGUACUCCAGGCUAUAUCAGCUGGCCAAAGAGACCCCUACACCUCACAAUGACCCUCGGCUCCAACAUGUCCUUGUGUAUUUUUUCCAAAAUGAAGCUCCAAAACGAGUGGUGGAGCGGACUCUCUUGGAACAGUUUGCCGAUAAAAACCUCAGCUAUGAUGAAAGAUCAAUUAGCAUCAUGAAAGUGGCUCAAGCUAAACUAAAGGAGAUUGGCCCAGACGACAUGAAUAUGGAAGAAUACAAGAAAUGGCAUGAAGAUUACAGUUUGUUUCGAAAAGUGUCUGUGUAUCUUCUGACAGGCCUGGAGCUCUAUCAGAAUGGAAAGUGUCAUGAAGCACUUUCCUACCUGGUGUAUGCAUAUCAGAGUAAUGCAGCCCUGCUAAUGAAGGGACCUAGCAGAGGAGUGGAAGAAUCAGUGAUUGCUUUAUAUCGAAGAAAAUGCCUUCUGAAACUGAAUAGUAUGGCAGCUUCUCUGUUUGAAACCAAUGAGGAACUCAAUGUGACUGAGGGCAUCAAUGUCAUGAAUGAGUUGAUCAUUCCCUGCAUUCAUCUCAUCAUAAAUAAUGACAUCUCAAAGGAUGACUUGGCUGCUAUUGAGAUCAUGAGGAACCACUGGUGCUCUUACCUUGGGCAGGAUAUUGCUGAAAACCUCCAGCUGAGACUCGGGGAGUUUCUCCCCAGGCUUUUAGACCCCUCUGCGGAAAUCAUAGUCUUGAAAGAGCCUCCAACUAUCCGCCCCAACUCCCCCUAUGAUCUUUGUAGCAGAUUUGCUGCAGUCAUGGAAUCGAUCCAGGGGGCUUCAGCUGUGACGGUGAAGUAAGCCUCCCACUGCUCAUGGCCCAACAUGGUCUCUGGUCACCCAGCUGCUGCACAGAAUCGUGUUGUCACAGUUUUCACCUCAGGGAGGGAAAUAGUUGGACAAGUGAGAUUUGGAUCCAAACCCAACUGUACUGUGUGUGUAGAGGAUUAAAAGCAAUAUUGCACUUUUUAGGUACAAAGUUAUAAAGAGCUAUUCUACAGCAAGGGGCAAGAACCACUACUGAGGUCACAGCUUCUUACAAGGGACUUUACAUGCCUCUUGUACCUACAAAAAUGCUUGGGCUUGUCUAAGCCACUUGCCACUUUUUUUCUAAUGUCCUCCAGGCAUAAAUAUUUUUGACAGCAGAGUAAAAGAGUGAUUCAGAGCCUAAUCCAGAUGAGCAGCUACCAGUUAUUUUAUCAAAUACGCACAGUAAAUACCUUUAAAAUUCUUAAUUGCAAGAUAUACAAAUAAACACAUGCCAGUGUUCUGACAGGAGAUGUCAGAAUUGGGUUGCUGAAGAGCUGAUGGUCUCUAAAUGUAUGGGAUAGCACAUGGGGCUACUGUGUGUGUCACUGAGAUUACCAGAAAGUCAUAAAGGGAAGAUGCCUCCUCAUUUUUUUCCCUUUUUAAAUAUUUUCUGAAACAAGUCAGAAAAUCUCAUAUUUGGCUCUGAUUGAGUAAAAGAGACAAAAGCAUUGAUGACUGUAUGUGGAACAGCAUUUAAAGCUUGACUACCCACAGUAGUAUUUUGAUGAUAGUUUCCCAUUUAGAGAGACAUUUUCUAGCAUCUGGAAAAAUGUUAUUGACAUCAAUAGUAGGUGUCCAGGGUGGAUGCAAGCACAAAUGAACAUUUUUAUCUUUUUUUUUUUUAAAGGAUGGGGAUUGUGGAAGAAAAAUUCCAAGUUGACCAUUUUUUAAAGUCCCCUGUUUGGGUAUUGUGUUUUAACCAAAUUGUAAGGAUAAAUGGCUAAGAGAUGGGAGGGAAGAACACUUGAUACAACUAUGCAGGUUUUAUAAAUGUGCAAUAAAAGCAUUUGUUUUA